AUGCACCUACUUUUCAACAUAAAUCUCUGCAAACUGUUUUUUGUGAUAAUAACAUCGUCUUUGGUGAUACUCGGUGUUUUGAUAAAUUUUUUUGAGCCACACUUGCCGGCUUUUAUCAAAAAAACCUUCAGAUAUGGAAAAUUUGCAUCUGAUGAAAAAUCACUUCUAGUGCAAAGUGUGGAAGUCCCAAAAUCGUAUUUCAGGCAUUUUUAUGUUGCUGCAGCAUUCAUUUUUUGCCCAAUUUUUCUGAAAGAGGUUGUGGCUGUUUAUGUGUUUAAUAAGGGAGUUGAUGAUUGGAUUGAGACUUUGCUCAAUUUUUCUUGUGGAUAUGGCAGACUAUCAACAGUUCCAGCCCAUCGUGUCCUAAUUGCGUCCAUAUUAUUGAGCCUACAAAUAUUUCGCCGAUUUUACGACACACAUUUUGUGUCGGUUUUUAGCGAAAAUGCGAUGAUUAAUUUAAGCCAUUACCUCAUCGGAAUGGCUUUUUACCCAGCUGUGAUGUUGAUUAUCCUAAGUGAAGCCCCGAAGUUUGCCCAAAACGGUAUAAUAGCUCCCUUCACGCGACACAGUUUUUAUACCUCUAAAUUAGUAGAAACCAACACUACUACUUUCAAUUUAAGCGAGAUUAUGUUUAAUUUCUUUAUAAUUGUUGUCUUUUUGUGGGCUUGGUAUCACCAGCAUGUUGCCACUGUGAUACUAGCCAAUCUGAGGAAAAACAAAAAAGGUGACGUUGUUGAUCAGGGUUACAGACUCCCUGAGGGUGACUGGUUCAAUUACUUAUCUUCACCUCACUCAACAGCAGAAAUAAUAAUGUAUACAGCCCUGACUUUGUUAUUGGCAAAAAAUACAAGUUGGUUGUACGUCUAUGCUUGGAUUUUAAGCAAUCAAAUUGAAACAAUUCUUUUAAGCCAUUGGUGGUAUUUGGAUCGUUUCAAAAAUUUUCCCCCACAAAGGAAGGCCCUCAUUCCAUUUAUUUAUUAAUUAUUAGUCAAGGUGUAUUUCAUUUGUUGCAAAUAAAUUAUUUUUUAUUUA